AAACCUCCAGCCUCUGUCUCUGCCAGUGCCAGACUCUGCUCUUCCUCCUCCUCCACUCGAUCACUCACUCCCAUUCCCUGAUAGUUCAAUCGCAUGGGGAAUGUGGACGCGGCGGUGCCGGCGGAGACGGAGUUCACGAUACGGGUGCCGGUGCCUCCGGCGCGGCCUUUCCUCGACACCUUCAAGGCCAACCUGAAAGAGACCUUCUUUCCGGACGACCCGCUCCGCCAGUUCCGCCACCAGACGGGGCCCCGCAAGCUCCUUCUGGGUCUGAAGUACUUCCUCCCCAUCAUCGACUGGGCCCCCACCUACUCCGCCUCCAUCUUCAAGUCCGACCUCAUCGCCGGGAUCACCAUUGCCAGCCUCGCCAUCCCCCAGGGCAUCAGCUACGCCAAGCUCGCCAACCUGCCUCCCAUCCUCGGUCUAUAUUCGAGCUUCGUACCGCCUCUGGUGUACGCUAUGAUGGGGAGCUCCCGCGACCUGGCCGUGGGCACGGUGGCCGUGCCCUCGCUCUUGAUCGCAUCCAUGCUGGGGAAGGAGAUCUCGCCGGCGGAGGAACCUGCACUGUACUUGCACGUAGCCUUCACCGCCACCUUCUUCGCCGGUCUCUUCCAAGCUACCGUCGGCUUGCUCCGACUUGGUUUCCUAGUGGACUUCUUGUCCCAUGCGACUAUAGUGGGGUUCAUGGCAGGAGCUGCUACGGUAGUGUGCCUUCAACAGCUGAAGGGGAUGCUCGGUCUCCAGCACUUCACCACCGCUACUGACCUCGUCUCUGUUAUGAACUCAGUCUUCUCUCAAGUCCAUCAGUGGAGGUGGGAAAGUGCAGUGCUGGGCUGCUGCUUCCUCUUCUUUCUUCUCGUCACUCGUUUCUUUAGCAAAAGAUGGCCAAGGUUCUUCUGGGUCUCAGCUGCUGCACCCUUGACUUCUGUAACACUUGGAAGCCUUCUGGUGUACCUCACUGAUGCAGAGAACCAUGGAGUCCAAGUGAUUGGGCACCUAAAGAAGGGUCUAAACCCUCCAUCAGCAACCAGCUUGACCUUUGCGCAGCCCUACAUCAUGGUCGCACUCAAGACCGGCAUUAUCACCGGCAUCAUCGCCCUCGCUGAAGGUAUCGCAGUAGGAAGGAGUUUUGCCAUGUUCAAGAAUUACCACAUUGACGGUAACAAAGAGAUGGUGGCUUUUGGGACGAUGAACAUGGUCGGAUCGUUGACUUCAUGUUACCUAACGACCGGGCCAUUCUCACGGUCGGCGGUCAACUACAACGCUGGGUGCAAGACGGCCAUGUCUAAUGUGGUGAUGUCCGUCGCCGUGCUGAUCACUCUGUUGUUCUUGACGCCGCUGUUUCACUACACCCCCCUGGUGGUCCUCUCCGCCAUCAUCGUCGCCGCCAUAGUGGGGCUAAUCGACUACGGGGCCGCCGUCCGACUGUGGCGCGUCGACAAGAUUGACUUCUGCAUUUGCUUGGGUGCUUACUUGGGAGUCGUCCUCGGCAGUGUUGAAACAGGAUUAGCCAUCGCGGUUUCAAUCUCCCUGUUGAGGGUCUUGCUCUUCGUCGCAAGGCCGAGGACCACCGUGCUCGGCAACAUCCCUGACUCGACGGCGUACCGGAGAGUCGAUCAGUAUCCGGAGGCACAAAAUGUUCCCGGAGUGCUCAUCCUUCGCAUCGACUCUCCAGUGUACUUUUCCAAUGCUAGCUACUUGAGAGAAAGGAUAUCGAGGUGGGUCGAUGAGGAGACAGAGAGCAGCAAGGGGGAGACUAGUUUACAGUACUUGAUCCUGGACUUGGGUGCCGUCGGCAGCAUCGACACUAGUGGAAUCAGCAUGCUGGAAGAGGUCAAGAAGAUGACUGAUAGAACAGGCAUUAAGUUUGUGCUAGCAAAUCCAGGGAGUGAGGUGAUGAAGAAGAUGGACUCCUCAAAGGUCCUUGAAGCUAUUGGGGAAGAAUGGAUCUUCCUCACCGUCGCCGAUGCCGUCGCGUCCUGCGACUGCAUGCUGAACGCAUGCAAGCUUAAUGGCGCUUCAUGCUAGAAUGGCGUAUCUAGAUUGUGGUUGAUGAUGAUAGAUUUUUGUGCUAUAUAAUUCCAUGGCUAGAGAUGUAUCCGAUUCUGUUUAGGCCUACGCUAUGCUUUAGAGGAGAUUAUCAUGGUAAAUAAAGUCACCUUCGUCGUGCA